AUGCAAAAAAGCAGCAGUCCUAACUGGAUACCUGUCAUAUUAGUCUUGAUAAUAAUAGGAACUAACUAUUAUUUUUAGCAAUUCAUUUUUAUUUAGUAGAUGUUUGAAUAAGAAUAUACAGCAGCAGGGUUAUUUGUUACAAUAUUUUUAAAUGUGAAUGUUUUCUUUAUGCUAGCAAAUUAUUAUUAAUGCAUUUGUACUCCUCCUGGAAGUGUUUCACCAGAUAUUAAUGAAUUAUAUCCUAACUUAGAACAAAUAAAAGAGCGUAGUGCAAAAGAGUAGAAAAUAAAAAUACUUUUGAGAAAGGAAAAAAAAUAGAAAAAGAAGACUGGAAAUAACAAUUUGUAGAAUCACGAAAAUACAAUUGAUAUAGAGCUAAGUAACCAAAAGGAAUAACUUAAAAAUGAAAUGAUGAAUUUUGAUAUCAUUAGAAGUAUUUAACAAGUUAGCUAUUGUGUAAAAUGCGACAGAAUUAAACCACCCAGAACACAUCACUGUAAGGAAUGUAAUAGAUGUGUAUAGAGGAUGGAUCAUCAUUGCCCCUGGGUAGCUAAUUGUGUUGGAAUAUAAAAUCACAAAUAUUUUAUCUUGUUUUUAUUGCAUGCAACUUUGAGUGUAGGCACUUGUUGUGUUAAUAUCACAGCUGAUUACAUUUUUAACGAUGGAGCUAUCAAGCAUUCACUAAAUAAGGCUAACAGACUUUGCAUAACAGUCAAUUAAGUUAUGACUUUUGGCUUAGUUAUGUGCAUUGGGUUUCUUUUCAUUUUUUAGGUGAUAAGAAUGCUUAAAAAUUAAACAACAGUUGAAUAUCACAUCGAAGAAAUAAAUGAAAGAAAUCCUUUUGACAAGGGCACAGUCUCAAACAUAAGUGAAAUCUUGGGUGAAAAUAAAAUAUUCUGGUUUUGUCCAAUUAAUCCUUUCACUCGUAUAAAAAAGAAUAGUCUUCAAUAUUCUACUUUCGAUUAAGAAAAUAGAGACUAAGAAAAUUAGUAAAACGACCUAUAUUAGUGA